AUGUCAGAUAUGACCAAACAGGGCGACGACAACCUCAACGCUCCCCAGAAGAUCUCCGAUCCCGCAGGCUCAAUAGAAUAUAACCGGAGCAAGGAGUCCGGUUCCUCGGUUGCAGAGAGGGUAUCCGCCGCUCUCCAGCCGGGAGAUACCAAAUCUACUACGAGACGGUUAUCGGAUAGUCCGCCAGGCAGUCGGGUGAAGGACUGGAAGGAGGAGAAAACGGAGGAAGAGGAGAGACGGAGGAAGAAGAGCAUGAUGCAGUCGGCGCAGGAGACGGUGGCUAAGGCUUUGGGUGGGGGGGCGAAAGGGUCUAGAUAG